CACAAUCAUGAGAUGACACUUUCUUAUGCUUCUCUGGAUCCAGAGAUGUCCAUUGCUUCCUAUAAAUUUCAAUGCAAACGUCAACUUCUCAACGUUCCUUGCCUUUCCAUAGCAUUAACAUCACUCUAGCAUCUUGUUUUAAAACAGGAAAAUGACCUACACUCUAGCAAACAUGAGUGUCUAUGCUCCAACUUCAUGCAGAAUGAACAAACUUUCCAGUGUCAAAUUGCUACCACUGUCAAGAACAAGGAAGAGAACUUUCUGCAACAAUGUGAAGGCAAUGGCAGGAGAUGAAGCAAGCUUGCAGAGGGCAAAGCUGCAGCAGCAAUUGCAGCCAAGGAUGAAGGGUUCACAAGCUUCACCUAGAGUGCUGUUGAACCAGUUUCCAGUAGCAAGGACUCUGCAACAAAUGAUGGACACAAUGGAUAGGAUUGUAGAGAAUCCCUUAGUUUACAGUGGCACUUCCCCGUUGGUAGUUGUAGGAGAUGACGAAUACAGCAAGGGAAAGAUUCCUUGGGCAAUAAAGGAAGGACAGAAGGAUUACAAAAUGAGAUUCAACAUGCCAGGUAUGAGCAAGAAUGAUGUCAAGGUAUGGAUUGAAGAGAACAUGCUGGUAGUGAAGGCAGAGAAGGUAUCAAGAGAGCAGCACCAUGAAAGUCAAGCAAAUGGCAGUGAAGAAUUAAGUCCAGAACAUGAAGACUGGCCUGCCAAUAGCUAUGGUAGGUAUAACCAUAGGAUUGCCCUACCAGAAAAGAUUGAGUUUGAGAAAAUCAUGGCACAGGUCAAGGAUGGUGUUCUUUACAUCACAAUUCCUAAAGCCAACACCAGUGCCAAAAUAAUUGGAAUAGAUGUUCAGUAACUGUGAGCUCAUAAUAAAGUUGAAGUUUGUUAGCUUCA